AUGCUAACAAGAGGAAAAGUUAUUGUAUUGAUAUUUUUAUUCUCAUCAAUUAUUUGGAUAAAUGUAAUGGACAAAUAUAAAAACUCAAACUCCUUAAUAAAAUGGAUAUAUAUUCCUUUUUACCUUAUUAUUAUAUUAGCCUUUUAUGCCACUAUAUCUAUAUCUAUAAGCUUAUAUAAUUUUAAUAAUGUUCUUAAUGGACAUGAAGAACUAUUAAAAGAAUUAAGUUACAUUAAAAGUGAAUUGGAGAAGAAAAAUUUUACUUUUGAUUAA